GUGUAAUGAAACUCGUAUCUGUGUUGUCACUGGCCGCGGCUGCUGCGCAAGCCAAGGUGUCCGUGGAAGUGCACCGCGCGUUGGAAACCAAGGGCUUGUCAGACGUGACGGUGUUGUUUCACAGCAUCAACUUGGACGCUCUCCCUAGAUCCACGACGGACCGCCGUACCCAAGUGUUCGAGGCGUUAUCUGAGCGCUCCACGGUAGCGUUGGCCGAGACCGCAUCGAUCUUGGACAGCUCCGACUGCCAAAACUUUUGGAUUGCCCCUGUAGCAGUAUGCAACGGUUUGACGUCUGCGCAAAUCGAGUUGCUGUCGAAGCUCCCCGGUGUCAAGAGCAUCCACGGACCCAUCGAAAUCUCGUUGACUCAACCGCUGGAAAAGGAGGCCGCGCCCAAGGUGGGCCUUCCCCCCAAUGCCCCCCCUCAGUGGGGUGUCGAGACCAUCGGUGCUCCUUCGAUCUGGAAGUACUUCAAGGGCAAGGGUGUUGUGAUUGGUUCUAUCGACACGGGCGCAGAGUACCGCCACGAAUCCAUCAAGCACAACUGGCGUUCGUACAAGGGCUGGUUCAACCCGUACAACGGCACCGCCAUCGAGCUCCCCAUCGACUCGCAAACCCACGGCACCCACACGAUCGGGACCAUGGUGGGCUCCCACGGUAUUGGAGUCGCCCCUGACGCCCAGUGGAUUGCGUGCUUGGGCCUGUACGGCGCAUCCGGCACGUCCGCCGCCCUUUUGUCUUGCGCGCAGUUCAUGCUGUGCCCGUCCCGGCUCGACGGUACGCGCCCCGAGUGCAAACUUGGUGCUGACGUGAUCAACAACUCGUGGGGGUCCACUGGGGCUUACAACCCGUGGUACGAAGACGUCGUGGCUGCCUGGCGCGCGGCGGGUAUCACCCCCGUGUUUGCCAACGGCAACGCCGGCCCCAAAUGCGCCUCGACCGGUACCCCUGGCGCGUAUAACCGUGUGAUUUCCGUGGGAGCGAUUGGUUCCCCCACCGACGACCCCAAUCAAUUGGCAGUGUUCAGCUCCAAGGGCCCGGCUAACAUUCGCGACGCGAACAACAACACUGUUACGAUUAUCAAACCCGACGUGGCAGCCCCUGGGUUCUUUACGCUCUCGUCUAACGCCCUCAACUUAACCGACUACUCGUUCAAGGCGGGUACGUCCAUGGCGGCUCCUCACGUCGCGGGUGUCGUCGCCCUUCUCCGCAGCGCCCAGCCCGACUUGACGUACGAUGAAAUCUACGCGUAUAUCACCAAAACCACCGACCGCGACGUAUUGAAACCUGAACCCGAGCUUUGGUAUUUUGCCAAUGGAACUGUCCGUGCCCCUGGUUCCCCCAACUGCGGCAACGUCUCCGACGCGUCUUGGCCCAACAACCGUUACGGGUACGGUCGUAUCAACGUCGGCACGAUCUUGCGCGAUGGCAAACUGAACGACACCCCCACCAAGAAGCCUACCACUGUCGCACCUACUACUGCUGCACCUACCACUAUCACACCUACCACUGCCGCACCUACCACUGUUACGCCUACCACUCUGGCGCCCACUGGUACCACUCCAUGUCCUACCAACAUCACCCCCAAGCCUACGACCGCUGUCACCCCUACCACCACCAAGGCUACGCCUACGCCUACGACCACCAAGCCCAGCGUGUGCGAUAAGCCUGUGGACGGCGUGGAUUACUACGGCAACGAUAUCAAGUCCACCCAACGGUCCAACAGCGACGACUGCUGCGACGACUGUGCCAAGACCCCUGGCUGCGUUGUGUACGUGUGGACCCCUUGGAACGACGGCACGUGCUUCUUGAAGUGGAAGGCUGGCAAGUCUGCUCCUUACUGGGGCGCUAAGGCCGCCAAGGUCACCAAGUCUGUUGGUUCGUGCCAAGCUGCCCAAGCCAACGUGGACUACUACGGCAACGACAUCGCCCGUAUUUCUGCCGACAAGGACGACUGCUGCGCGUUGUGCUUGACAGCUGACAACUGCAAGGGUUACUCGCACUACCAAGGUCAUUGCUACCUCAAGGGCGAACUCGGCUACGCUUCUGCCAAGGCAGGCGUUACUUCGGGUGUCCGCAACGUCUAAGUGCUCUCGGACCUACUAGCAUACUUUGUUUAAAGUUGCGUAGAGUGUAUUGUGCUUUUGAUGUGCUCAGUAAAUGCCUGUUUUUUUCGUUUACUUCACAACCAACCUGGACAUUCCUUCUCAGUGUAUUGACGAC